CACACACACACACACACAAUGCAGGAGGAGCUCUGCAGAUUAGACAGCAUCUAUAAGAAAGAAUAAACAGUCAAUGUUUCAGGCUGAGACCCUUCUUCAAGACUGGAAAGGAAGGGAGAAGAUGCCAGAAUAAAAUGGUGGGGGGAGAAGGAGGAGGCUAGCUGGAAGGUGAUAGGUGAAGUCAGGUGAGUGGGAAAGGUCCAGGGCUGGGGAAGAAGGAGAUUGAUAGAAGAGGAGAGUGGACAGUAAGAGAAAGAGAAGGAGGAGGGGACAUGGGGAGGUGAUAGAGAUGGGGGGUGGAAUUUUGUUUACUCGAAGCAGAAAUGGGUACCCUACAACCUGAUAUCAUGAAUAUCAAUUUCUCCUCACUUGCCUAUUACUUCUCCCUGGGUCCCCUCUCCUCCUAUUGUCCACUUCCUCUCUUUCUUCUCCAACCCUUGACAUUUCCCACCCACCUGAAGAAGGGUCUCGGUCUGAAAAGUCAACUGUUAUUCAUUUCCAUAGAUGUCUAAUUUUACAACCUUCAACAACUUCAGCAGUAGCACCCCAAACCAGACAGUGAGGCAAUCAAUCAGAAUGUCUCAAGGUACAUCUGAAGAGGUUUUUGAAUCUUAAACGGAUUUUUCUGAUUGCAAUUGCAAUUGCUCACCAACCAACCAAUAACACCUGCAAAAAUACAAUAGUGGUCCCUAAUCCAUAAAUGGAUUUAUAACCAAUCUGUAUCGUGGACCCUUAUAGCAGAACUAACUACUGUAGAUGCACACUUGUGACAGAGAGAAAAUCAUUAGUGAAGCAGCUGAAAAUGGUUAAGCUGAGAAUGCAGUUAGAGGAGUACUUAAAACAGUCAGUUCCAUCAUGGGUACUAGCCUCCAUAUUAUCCAAGACAUCUUCAAGGAGCAGUGCUUCUGGAAGGCGAGGUUCAACAUUAAGGACCCCCACCACCCAGGACAUGCCGCUUUCCAUUGUUACUGUCAGGAAGGAGAUGAUGAGGCUGCGUUACUGGGUGAAAUCCUGCCUCCUUCAUCCUGGGCACACAAUUCAACCUCUUCUGCUCCUUCGCCAUCAGCAAGGUCAAAGGCAAAUGACUCGACUCCUCGUAACAGUGAGCUCAUGUCCAUAAUGACGAAGCGGCUAACCAAGAUGGAACAACGGGUCCGAAGUCAAGCACAGGAGAUCAACAGGAAGAAUCAGCAAAUAGCUGUGUUGGAAGAAAAGUUGAGUGCACUUCAAUUAUCUAACAAAACAACUGAUGAGUCCAAAAGACAACUGGAGGUAGAAAAAUACCUACAGCUACAGAAUCAAGUGUGGGAAAUGGAAAAGUUUCUGAAUGAUUACGGUAUGAUCUGGGUCGGUACCAAGAAGGAAGCGACCAGCAAUGUGCACCUAAAGGAAAAACUGGAACCUCCAGAGAACCCUGAUGCCAGCGGGCAAGUUUUGUACCCAGGUGAUGCCACUAUAGAUUCUUUUCAAAUGGACUUCGAUUUGGUUCUACAAAAUCUCAAAGAUCUCAAUAUUCUGGCUGGUGAAGGGGAAGCUGCUGUCGAGCAUGUCACAGGAGGAGCUCGGCUAAAGAGACCAGAUCCCAUCCCCCUCACUCUCUUCAGAAAUGGGAUUGUGUUGUUUAAUGGACCAUUCCGAUCAUUCAGUCAGCCUUUGACACAGCAAUGUAUGCAGGACAUCAUGGAUGGAUAUUUCCCUUCUGAACUGCAGAGCAGAUAUCCAAAUGGAGUUCCAAUUAAGGUGACUGAUAGACGGGAUGAGAUCUACAGGGACAGGCGAAGAUACGUGGAGUUUCCUGGUGUAGGACAGAAAGUAGAUGGACAUCAUGAUCACAAAAGCUCCAAUCAGCAGGAUUUUGAAUUUUUAACAGAGACAAGUGAAGUUUCAGGCCAGAAGCAAUCUGUAGAGCGGUUUCUGAACAGACUACCCAAAACCGUUGUCCGGGCCGGGAGGGUGUUUGACAUCCAGGAAGAGAUCAGAGCUCUGCUGCAGGUUCCUCCCAAAGCAGCAGAUGAGUGCGUGAUGCUAAUUGAAACUCCCUGUCUCCAGGUGCUGAAGGAAAGGCUGGAGUUCAGGGAAGGAACCCUUCCAGCGUCGAGGAAUGUCUCCACUCUCAGGAUCAGGUCAGAGAAUGGAGAGAAGACGUAUAUCAUUAAAAUGUUUUUCUCUGAGACAAUUGGAGACCUUCGUGCUCACCUAGACCAGAGCAGCAGUCUGAGGAAUCCACCUACUUCAAGCAGGCUUCAAUUAUACCGGUGCCUAAGAAGAACAUGGAUUCAUGAAUAUUGCUCUUCAUUUCUGCUCCUUAUCGAUUGAGUAGCAGUUCCUCAGGAUAGCACUAAAUCAGCAUUGCCAAGAAAUCCUAACCAGGAGAGAUGAUAUUUUAACAAAGUUGAGAUGCAACGUGACUCAUGAAAGAAAGGCGACGGACACAAUCUAAGCACAAGUAGCAAUUCCACUUUUCUAUGGUAAACCUAUGUAGCUGACGUUUACAUUGGUAUAGAUAUUGAAUGAAUUAAGGUACAACACAGAAAUGGAUAAUUUGACGCAGAUGGUCCUUCCAGGCUAUCACAUGGGCCUACUCACACACUUUCCUCCUACCUCAUACUCAGCAAGACUCUUCCUAACUUCCUCUAAUCUGUAAGUUUGAUAUUCAUACCACUCAACACGUAACUCAAUUUCAUUCAAAUUUCCUGUUUAACGUUCAUUACCACACAUAAAUGUUCUGUAAUUCUCCCCACAAGAAAUCACUACCCAGAUUAUUAGGGGUUGGAGGGGAAUGAGAUGGGAAGCAAGGAAAUGGCGGAUGAACUGAUUAAGUAUUUUGCAUCAGUCUUCACUGCCGAAGACACUAGUAGUAUGCCGGAAGUACAAGAAUGUCAAGGGGCAGAAGUGAGUGCAGUUGUUAUUACAAGGGAAAUGGUGCUUGGGAAACUAAAAGGUCUUAAGGUAGAUAAGUCACCUGAACCUGAUGUACUACACCCCAGGGUUCUAAAAUAGUUAGCUGAAGAGAUUGUGGAGGAAUCAGUAAUGAUCUUUCAAUAAUCAAUAGAGUCUGGCAUGGCUCCAGAGGACUGGAAAACUGCAAAUGUCGCUCCACUAUUCAUGAAGGGAGGGAGGUAGAAUAAAAGAAAUUACAGGUGGGUUAGCCUGACCUCAGUGGUUGGAAGAUGUUGAAGUAGAUUGUUAAGGAUAUGGUUUUUGGUACUUGGAAGCACCUGACAAAAUAAGCCAAAAUCCCAUGGUUUCCUUAAAGGAAAAUCUUGCCUGACAAAACUGUUGGAAUUCUUUGAAGUAACAAAUAAUGAUAAAGGAUAAUCGGUGGAUGUUGUGUACUUGGAUCCUUAGAAGAUGUCACACAUGGGGCUACUAAACAAGACCUAGGGUAUUAUGGGAAAAUACGAGCAUGAAUACUAGGAUUGGCUGAUUGGCAGGAAGCAAAAAGUAGGAAUAGAGGGAUCCUUUUCUGAUCUGGUUGCCAGUGACUAGUGAUGUUCCACAGGGGUCUGCAUUGGGAUUGAUUCUUUUUAUGUUGUAUGUCAAUGAUUUGGAUGAUGAAAUUGACGGCUUGGUGAGCAAGCUUAGGGAUAAUACGAAGAUAGGUGGAGGGGCAUGUAGUGUUAAAAAAGCAGAGAGGCUGCAGGUCUUAGAUGAGGAGAAUGGGCAAAAAGGUGCCAGAUGGAAUAGUGUCCAGAAGUGUCAUGCACUUUGAUAGAAGGAAUAAUUAUUUUCUAAACAGGGAGAAAAUUUAAAAAUUUGAGGUGUAAAGGGAUUUGGGAGUCCUCGCACAGGAUUCCCUAAAGGAUAAUUUGCAGCAAUUGAUGACUUUGGUCCUGUAUUUGCUGAAAUUUAGAAGAAUUGGGGUGGAAUCUAACUGAAAACUAUCAAAUGUCGAAGAGUGGAUGUAAAAAGGAUACUUCCUUUGAUGGGGGAGUCUAGUACCAGCGGGAACAACCUCAAAAUAGAAGGACAUAAUUUACAACAGAGAUGAAGAGGAAUUUCUUAGCCAGAGGCAGGCAAAUCUGCAGAAUUCAUUACCACAGGUGGCUAUGGAAGCCAGCCAUGAUACAAAGGUGGAGCAAAUUUGAUUGGCCAAAUGGCCUAAUUCUGCUCCUAUGUCUUAUGGCAUCUAUACUAAGUGGACAAUUACAUAAUGUUAAUAUUUUAGCUGUCUUUUAAAAAAGGAACCCUGACCUUUACAACCCUUUCUUGUGUCUUAACUUCAUGUCUCUACUUACGUUUUGUAUAUUUGGCAGAUUCAACCCUCAUGUAAUGUAACUAGAGAUUUCAGUAUGUUUUCGAAAGCUGAGAUACAUUGGAACUAAAAUGGCAGGUCACGAUCACCAUUGUGCAUACUGACUCGCACAAGAUCCCAGCCAUACAGCAAAUUCUCAUGCUUCCAUGGUCUUACCUGUAUCACAGGAGCCUUCUGCUCCCAUUCAAAUCUUACGCUCAUCGAUUUCCAUUGUCGCAUCACCAGCACAACCUUUCCUUUAGCAGUUUGGAGUCUCUAGCUCUCGAAUUCCUUCACUAUAUUUUUCUGCUACUCCUGCACCAUCCCCUCUUCCCAUACACACAAAGUUCUCGUUUAAAACUUAACUGUUUGAUCAAGAUUUUUUAAAAAAAUCAUUCAUCUAAAUAUUUCCUUAAGCGAUUUGUUAUCAAGUCUUGUUUUACACUGCAUUAAUGAGCCACGAUUUUUAAAAGACAUAUUAAAGGCAUGCACAGUAAAACUGCAAAUAUAGAUAUAAAUUAGAGCUGAAUGUGCACAACUUAAUAUUUUCAAAGAUUGCUUUUAAACAGAUGAAAACUAAAUAUUUUAAGUAGGCAUAACCGCACUCAUGAUGACUAUCACACUCACCGUUGAUAAGACUGGGUCUACAAAAUACAUCUUGAAACAAAGGCUUUGCCAAACCUGGAUUAAUGUCAAUUUCCUUCUCAAUUUACUUAUUAAACAGGAGUCCUUUUAACUGGACCGUGGAACAGUUUACAAAAUUUACUUUAAAAAAAAACCUGAGCAUCAAACCUGAAAUCCAAAUAAAGCGCAUUAAUAAACCUGAUUAGUUCAAAUUUACUCAUCUUUCCAGGGAAUUUGCAUUUCAUUUGCAGGUUUAGUCGACGUGUUAUAUUUGUAACAGAACAACCCUCAGUCUAAUCCUCGCGAUACAUUUGUUGCACCAAUUUUGUUUUCUUUCUGAGACGAGGGGAGAUGGAGCAACGUCAAAGAUUUUUUUUAAAAAGGCAAAGGAAGAACAAGUCAUAUAUAAGUGCUGCAGACGGAGUUACAAUGGUGGAACGGGAGACGGGAAGAAUCGGAUGUCAAGAGAACAGAUGGUGUCUAUAUGAAUGGAAGAGAUUGGUGGGGUGGGGCGGCGUGGGGGCAAAACUCGCAGCUCAAUUACAGUAAAGGGAUUUCGAAAAUUCUUUUGGUAAAUGAGAGUGGCGACUGCUUUAAUCAAACCAGACUACACAAUAACUAAAGUGGUGCGGGAUCUUGCUCGGUUACGGAAACCCGUUGCCCGGGGUUCCUUGGCCACUUUCUGCAGAUCCUUCACCGGGUGUGUCACUUUCUCCAUCCUCACCGUUCCUCCUAACAAUAGUCAUUUCAGCAUCUUUACACCGCCAUUGCUUCUUUCCAUUCCUUCCUUCUCCGCUCCCCAUUCUGCUGCA